AGAUUGUAGUCAAAAGCAAAUUGAACUCUGAGCUUUUACUUGCAUGUUUGCCAGCCUGGUUCGAGGAGGUUCGGUAGGGUUUAGUUCAUGUGGGUUUUACUGAACCAGAAAGAAACUAACUGCUUCCUGUUGAUCUGGAAACUACUUCUCUGCCUCAUGAGGAUAGGAAUUGGAGAGUUUUUGAAUGAUAUUAUUUUGAAAUCCCCGACGGAAAUAUGUUAGAAAUACUUCCGCUAGCCUUCCGCCGGUCCCAAAAACUGAAGCCUCGAUCGGUGCGGAUAAUCCGGCUCCAGUGGGCCGGGAAGCCGCCGAAAUGAGCCCGAGGAGCAGCUAGCGGACCCCGGGAGACCCGCGGACCCCGGGAAGGCUUUGAGAUGCUCUCUCGCCCCCUGACAGAGACCCUUGGCAGGGGGAGUGACCCGACAGCAGAAACCCUGCCCAAUGAUCUCCCAUUGGCCGAUGCAGAUGAGGCUCUUGCAGGAGGCUCCGCCCCCCCGGCCCCGCCCUGCUGCUCCUGCGCCUCCCUCUUGCCCCGCCUCCUGGCAGCUCACCGCAUGGAGGUGCGGCACCUCCUGCGAGGAGCUUUGUCAUCGCUCGGCCGCCGACUGGACUCUCUGGAGAGGAAGAGGAGGAAGAGGAGGAAGGAGGGAGGAAGAGGAGGUCCUCCUAGUAUCACCUGCAGCUCCUCUUCCUCAUCUGCAUUGUCGCCUCACGUCAUCACUUCCUCUUCAUGGUCACCCUCCACUUCAUCAGACCUGAUGAAGUGGAGCAAUCCUUCCUGCAGCUUCAGCCAAUCAGAGCAGAGUAGGAGGGACAGUGAAGGAGAGGAGGUGAGGAGGAGGAGGAAGAGGAGGAGAAGCCAUGAAGGCUUUCUUCCUCCAGGGAAUGAAGAGGAGGAGGAGGAAGAGGAGAGGUUUGUGGGUCAGAUGGCGGUCUCUGUCAGAGGAAGAGGAGGACCUGAGGAAGAAGAGGCAGAGCAUCUCGUCCUCCAUGACUUCAACCAGAGGAAACGCAGACGAAGGGUCGGCCAGUCAGAGCUGGGCUUCAGCGAGCUGGUGAGGAAGAACGGCUACAGCUCCCAGCAUGCACUGCUUCCUGUGCAGGCAGCUGUCAUUGGCCAGACCUGCGGCCAAUCACAAGGCCUCGCUGUGUUACCGGGACAGUGGACGUUCUCUGACAUCAUCACGCACCUGUCCUCCAACCGGACCCACCUACAGCCAUGGCUCCAGAACCCCGCCCCCGUGUUACACCUGUCUGCCGUUGCCAUGGAGACGGUGUUAGACUGGGUGAAGGGCGGAGCCUGUUGGAAUCCUCUGCGUCCUCUGAGGGACUGGACGGCACCGCCCAGUUUGGACAGCGACCACAGCUACAUAAGAAGACUGAUGACCAGCUCUACAGGUUCUCCCCAGGGUCAUCACAAGCUGCGGUCCAAUCACAGUACCUGGAGCCUGUGGUUGCCAAGGCGACGAGCCUUGCCACUGAAUUUAUGUUCAGCCAAUGGGCUGUCUGCUGCCCUCCCUGCUGACCAAUCAGCAGCGCUCUCAGAGUUUCACAGCACAAAUGUGAAGCUCAGUAAACGAGUGUCGCAGAUCAGAAUACGCCGUGCGUCGCCGCGGGAGACGCCUCUCACACCAAUGGGACUGCCCAAAGCGAAACGUUUGAAGAAGAAGGAGUUCAGCCUGGAGGAGAUCUACACCAACAAAAACUAUGAGGCCCCGCCCAACAUCAGGAGCCUGGAAACCAUAUUUGAGGAGCCUCGGGAGAAGGAUGGAGCGCUGCUCCUGAUUGGCCAGCAGAAGCGUCGCCGGCUCCUCCUCUUCCCUGACUUCACUCAGCCCAGGAAGAGGAAGAAGCCCCAAGGGGUGGGUCUUCCUGUUUCCUUGGUGCCCAGAAAACGAGGAGCAGUGCGGCGACACGUCCACGGCGGGGGGCUGGAUGACAGCAGCGACCUUGACGUGAUGCUGGUGGAGCGCCUGAGUGAGCUCGAUGACUUCCUGACUCAGCAGGGCCUGGACGUGUGACAUCAUUUCCUGACAGCUGACUAAAUGGACACACCAAUGGUGACAGUGUGAAGGGGUGAAUGGAGACAUGUCUGCAGAGGCUGAGUCUUGGAUCAGGCUCCGCCCCCUCCAGGAGGCUCCGCCCCCUACAGAUACACCUGUGGAAAAAAACCUCAUCCAGCUGCCAGUCUUUGCAGUACUCUGUAGUACUCUGUGGUACCCAGUAGUACUCUGUGGUACCCUGUAGUACUCUGUGGUACCCUGUAGUACUCUGUGGUACCCGGUAGUACUCUGUGGUACUCUGUGGUACCCGGUAGUACUCUGUGGUACUCUGUAGUACUCUGUGGUACCCGGUAGUACUCUGUAGUACUCUGUGGUACUCUGUGGUACCCUGUAGUACUCUGUGGUACCCGGUAGUACUCUGUAGUACUCUGUGGUACCCGGUAGUACCCUGUAGUACUCUGUGGUACUCCGGAGUGUUGUGAACUGUGAUGUUUAUUUCUGAUGAAAACUGUAUUUUUGGACAAAUAAAGUCGUUUCUUCUCUGAAA